AUGGAGAAAAAUGUUAUGCGUAGCAUGGAAUUGGUUGGCAGAGAGCGAAUGGAGGUUGCACAACAACUUUCUCUGUGGGGAGAAGGCUGUGACGAUGACGUUUCCGAUAUCACUGAUAAACUGGGUGUCCUGAUAUACGAGGUUGGGGAGUUGGAAGAUCAAUUCAUUGAUCGGUAUGAUCAAUAUCGGGUUACCAUUAAGAGCAUUCGAAACAUAGAAGCUUCCGUCCAACCCAGCAGAGACCGAAAACAAAAAAUCACCGACCAAAUCGCCCAACUUAAAUACAAGGAUCCAAAUUCGCCUCGCCUUGUUGUGCUAGAGCAAGAGCUUGUUCGUGCAGAGGCAGAAUCCCUCGUUGCUGAGGCACAGCUUUCCAACAUUACCCGUGAGAAAGUCAAGGCUGCCUUCAACUACCAGUUUGACGCUUUGAGGGAACACUGCGAGAAAUUAGCAAUUAUUGCAGGCUACGGAAAGCAUCUCGUCGAACUGAUCGAUGACACCCCUGUAACUCCCGGUGAAACCAGGGCUGCUUACGAUGGAUACGAUGCCAGCAAGGCCAUCAUCCAGGACUGUGAGGACGCAUUGACAAACUGGGUUUCUUCUGGAGCCGCAGUUCACUCGAAACUUUCUUCUCGUUCCCGUACCCUGUCCCAGAGGAGACGAAACAACAUCUCGAAAGGCCGCGCCGAUGGUGAGAUGACUAGUCACGAACAUUCCGUUCGCGGGGACCGUGAUUCAUGGUUGCCUGCAGAGCAGCACCCAAACUACACCCAGUCACAUAAUGAUGAGGACGAUAUCUAUGAGGAAGAUGACAUCCUCCAGACAAACGGCGACACAGCACGAGAGGAGAGGGUGCAGGUUGCCGCGUAA